UUACUGUGCAGUGUGUGCGUACAACAAAGUGCUCCAAGUCCAAUAACUUUUUGAACCUUUUAUAAAACGCACAAAUAACCAUACGUUUAUCAAUUAUGUUUAACCAAGGUCUUUCAGAAGCGUUUGGAAAUAGGGCAGCAUGUAUGGCAAAGCCAAAGAAGGAGAAAGAAGAUCAUGAUAAGGGGCACUAUGCUGUUGUUGGUGCUAGAAUUAUUCGACCCAACUCCGAGUAUCGUGUAACGGUUACGAGUUUUGAGCUGACCGAUAAGCUGGAAAUGUGUGUAUCGUUAGUAUCGAAGGGUAACGUUAUUGAGAGUAAGAAUGUUUCACUGGAAAGAAAUGAUCAUCAAUCGAUCGUUUUUCAACUCGGAUCUAUCCCGGACGAUAAAUAUGAGCUGGUUGCAGAAGGAAAAUCCGGAAUAGUUUUCCGGAAAGAGGCUACGCUGGAGUACGACGAUAAGUUCUGCUCGGUUCUGCUGCAAACUGAUAAAGCUGUGUAUAAGCCAGGAGAUACGGUGCGUUUCCGGGUGCUUGUUUUGGAUCGUAACAUGAAGCCCGCGAUGGCUGGAUCCAGUAUGAGGCUGUUCAUUUGUGAUGGCGCAGGUAAUCGAGUCAAGCAGUGGAAUGAUGUAAGCCUUAAUAGCACUGGAGUUUUUGAAGCGGAGCUUCCACUGUCCACGGAGCCAGUGCUCGGGGAAUGGAAGAUAAAUGUAGAGGUGUUGGGAGUGAAACAAUCCAAAUCAUUCGAUGUGGAUAAGUACGUUCUUCCAACGUUUGAAGUAAACGUAAAAGGAGAUAGCUAUACGACGGUUGACGAUGAAACUCUCAAAGUAUCGAUCGAGUCAAAGUACACGUACGGCAAGCCGGUUGUUGGGGAGCUAACUCUCUCGGUGAAACCGAAAGAAAAUUACUACUAUGGCGAGAAAGUUACUACUUUUUGUCAAAAGACGGUACCAAUUAAUGGUAAAACAGUGGUGGAGUUUAAUCUGCAGGAUGAGCUCAAACUGAGCUCAGCAUAUUAUCGCGAGUUUUCCUUCGAGGCUGAGGUCCGCGAGCAAUUAACAGGACGUACGCAGAGUGGCUCCGCGACUGUAAAGAUCCAUGACGAUCGAUACACCGUGAAAUUGGUGGAAGAGGCAGAGUAUAUUCCGGGACUCCCAUACAAAGCAUGGAUAAAAGUAACCAACCUUGAUGGGAGCCCUGUAGAGGCAGAUUCCAUCAUGGUUUUGAUUCGAAAUGAUUCCAAAGUUCAAUUAACCAACUAUAUGCUGGACAACAAAGGCAUGACCAAAUUGGAUUUGAAUCUGGAUAGCAUGAAAUUUAAUUAUCUCCGCAUAGAAGUAUUGUUUCGCGGAAAAUCAUACGAAGUCGAAGGAAUUAGAAAACGUCGUGGAAAAAUGGAUGCAUUUAUCAGGAUAUCAACAUCGGAGCAGCAACCAUCGCUCGGAAACGACUUGAAGUUUGAUGUUUGUAGCACAAAACCUCUCAAGUACGUCGCCUAUGCUGUCCUGUCUCGAGGAGCCGUGGUCAAUGGUGGAGUUGUUGAAGCCAGUGAUCAAACAUGUAUUAUUAUAACAAUUCCGUCUGUUUAUGCAAUGGUUCCUCGAGCAAAGUUACUCGCAUUCUACAUGUGUAAAGAUGGAAGCGUCGUUAGUAACAUUACUACAAUUGAGUAUCAUAAUAUCUUCGAGAACAAUUUAGUUUUAGAUAUUACAAAUCAUGACGUUAAGCCAGGCGAGACAAUUGAUAUAAGCGUGAAAGCAAAUGAAGAAUCAUUUGUUGGAUUAUUGGCGGUAGAUCAAAGCGUUCUUUUGCUCAAAAGUGGAAACGACCUCACCCGGGAUUGUGUGGCGAAGGAGUUGGAAGCAUAUGAAUCUUCUCGAAAUUAUUCAUUAUAUUAUCACAAUGAACUCCCUGAUUUCCAGGAUGCAGGAGCGAUAUUCAUAUCUAACGCUCGCGAGGACCUAGAAGAUCUUGAAGAAACAGUGAUCUGCGCGUCUGCUUCUGUUGAAGCAGCUGUCUUUGCGGCCCCAAUGAUGGAGAGAAACAUGAUGAAGAUCGAAUGUCAAGACGAAAUCGAAAUGGACGAUGAAGAUACCAGCGAACCAGCUAUUCGCCGCAAUUUUCCAGAAACAUGGAUUUGGGAGAGCAUUCAAAAGUGUAACAAGGAUGGUGAAGUGAUAAGGAAAAUCGUGCCCGACACGGUGACUUCUUGGAUUAUUUCGGGUUUCUCGCUUAAUCAAAACACUGGACUUGGUUUGAUGGAGUCUCCAGCCAAGAUAAAUGUAUUUCUACCAUUCUUCAUAUCGAUGGACUUGCCGUACUCGGUAAAACAUGGCGAAAGUGUCCGAAUUCCUGUGAUUGUUUUCAACUAUCUGGACGAAGAUCAGACGGCGGACGUGAUUUUCUACAACAAAAACGGGGAGUUUGAAUUUACGGACGAUUCUGAGUCAAGCGUUUACGAAGAUCAUCACCGAAGGAUGAAAGUGCUGCUAGCGAAAGACGGAGGCAAAACAUUGUCCUUUAUGAUCAAACCCAAAAAGAUCGGCCAUAUUACACUGAAGAUAACUGCAACAUGUGCUCUGGCAGGAGAUGGCAUCGAACGGGAGCUUCUGGUCCAGCCCGAGGGAAUUCCUCAGUACAUUAACCAGGCUACUUUGAUCGACCUUCGUUCCACUGCCAACCAUACUAAAAGGCUGGAAAUUGAUAUUCCUAGCAACGCCGUGCCCAACUCCACGAAGGUAUCAGUGUCAGUGAUUGGCGAUGUGCUUGGAUCAUCGAUCGCCAAUUUGGAUUCAUUGAUUCGCAUGCCGUUUGGGUGUGGUGAGCAGAACAUGCUGAACUUUGUACCAUGCAUCGUGGUGCUUGACUAUUUGAAUGCUUCGAAGCGACUGACUGCUGAUGAUAGAAUAGUGUCCAAAGCCAAACGGUGCAUGGAAGUUGGUUAUCAGCGAGAGCUCACGUACAAACAUGCCGAUGGGUCCUUCAGUGCUUUCGGUGAAUCGGACAAGAGCGGAAGCACCUGGUUGACCGCUUUCGUUGCAAAAUCGUUCCAGCAAGCGAACAAGUACAUAAGCGUAGAGUCCAAUAUUGUAGACAAGGCGCUUGGCUGGCUCAGUAAAGUGCAAAGCGAGAACGGAUCGUUCCCGGAGGUAGGCAACAUUUGCCAUAAGGAUAUGCAGGGAGGAGCAGCAGGUGGCUUAGCACUGACGGCUUAUACGGUGAUAGCAUUUCUCGAAACACGCGAACAUGCACAAAAGUAUGCAGAGACGGUGACCAAGGCUCUAAAUUACUUGAGUCAAAAAGUGCUCGAACCAUGCGAUAUCUAUGCACAUGCCCUCGUUGCAUACGCCUUACAGAUUGCUGGUCAUCAGAUGAAGGACGAAGUGAUGGGCAAGCUGGAAUACAGGGCCACGGUCAGUGGCGAAAUGAAGUGGUGGAGCAAGAACGUCACAGAAAAGGACUCGAAAUCCGUUCGCAACAAUUGGAACUGUUGUCGUCCCUGUUCGGUAGAUGUCGAAAUGAGUGCCUACGCUCUGUUAGCUUCACUCGUUUCAUCGACGGGGCUAGAGAGUUUGCCUGUGAUGAAGUGGCUUUUAUCUCAGCGAAAUGAUAAAGGAGGAUUCCAGUCAACGCAGGACACGGUUGUCGGGUUGGAAGCUCUCGCUAAAAUAGCAGCCAAAUUUUCAUCCGACGAUCUCAACAUAACGAUGGAGAUGAAGACCGGCCAGACUGUCCAGCGAAGCUUUAACGUUAAUAAGGAUAACGCCCUCGUACUACAGAAGCUGGAGUUACCGGAAUCCAUACGAUCUGUUGAGAUGACGGCUAAUGGAACCGGGUGUGCACUGUUCCAGCUGUCGUCUAAGUACCACAUCAACGAUAAGGAGAGUAGCCCGCGUUUCAAAUUGGAACCGUUGGUCAGCAAAGGAGAAAUGGAAAGUGCCAUUAAAAUUUCCAUAACGACGAGCUUUAUUCCUUCAGAAGAUCAACCCAUCUCCAAUAUGGCCGUCAUGGAGAUCGAUAUGUUGAGUGGAUUCAUCGUAGAGAGUGACUCGAUCGCAGCGCUUAAGCAACAUUCUGCUGUUAAGAAAAUCGAAACGAAGCGUGGUGAUACGACGCUUGUGCUUUACUUUGACAACAUUGGAGAAACAAGUGUGACACUCACUGUGAUUGCUUAUCGGAAACAUGAAGUAACGGAUAUCAAACCUGCUAAUACUAUCAUCUACGAUUACUAUGACAACACUCGCCGUUGCAGUGCAUUUUAUGAGAUUCCUGCCUAAUCAUUGACAGCAAUAUGAGUCUUGCCGGAUUUCUUAACUACAAUUUAUGCUGCGAAUAUAAUGCAGUACGUUUAUCGAUUUCGAUAGUUCGAAGAGUUUUAUGUGAUUACAUGAUGUGCAAUAUUAAUUAUUCGUCUCUUCGA